AUGAGGUCCUUGGAUGCGUUGUGUCGGUUUGUCGACCAGGAGCGUCCGGACCCAGUCGGGAUACUCACGCCGCGAGGACAGACUGAGAUGGUCGCCUUCGCGAGGAAUCGGGGCUGGGAAUGCUCGGUUCCAAUUGGCUUGCGCCCAUUGAGUUCCUGGGCUGCCCUCCUUCACUGGAGAGUCCUGGGUUUCCUCAUGGGAAGGCUGAGACGUGAGGACCGAGACCGAAUACAGAGGCUGGGAAGCUUAAGUAUGCGUGAAGCUCCUUCAGCGGCUGGUAGGCCUUAUUGGCGUGAAGUUCCUGCAGCUGCUGGUAGGGAGGAUAUGCGCAAGGUUCCUGCAGCUGCCGGUAGGCCGGACAUGCGCGAAGUUCCCGCGGCUGCCAGUGAGCCAGCCAGGCGCGAAACUCCCGCAGCUGCAGGUAGGCCGGAUACUCGUGAGAUUCCUGCGGCGGCUGGUAGGCCUGAUACGCAGGAGAUUCCCACUCCCGUCAUUCAGCCGGACACGUUGGAAGCUGCAGCUGGUAAGCUAGAGAAAGCGGACGCUGCAGAUGAGACUAGCUCGCUCCCUCCGCUGGUGGAGUCGGUUCCGGAGGAACUGUUAGAGAUCCCUAUGGAAGUGCAAGGUGAAUCUCCAGUCCCGGAUCUGAAGCCUGGUGAAUGUUCUGAGGAGUUGCCUGUAAACUCCCAAAUGAACUUCCCCUCUGCUGGAUCUACACUAGGUAGAACAUCUGCGCCAAGUUUGUCAGCUCCAACACCUGAGGAGCAUCUGAGGGAGUUACUGAUCAACCCCUCAGUAGGCUUCCAUCGUUCGGCGUUUGAACAGGGGUUCAUUGGAACGGGUAUUCCAUUUCAACCGACUGCUCCCGGGGCGGUGAUUCCACCUGCUGUCACGAGAGGGCUGGGUCACUACCUCCCUCAAAGAAUGGCAGCGCCUACGAUUGCCCAACCCUCCCCGGAGAGGAAGCACAGGCUGAGUUUGGCAGACGGUUUCCCGGGUUUGGGAGCUGUUUCGCCCAAGCCUGCUGUGAAAACUGAGAUUGUCGAAUCCUUCCAGAGGGUGGAAGUGGUCCGAGUAAUCUCGGUUGAAGAACUCGAAGACUCCCAGACCCUUUCAGUGAGUCAGGUUGAGGCUGUCGAGCCAACGGUCACAGGAGUGCCCGAGGUUCCGGUGGACGCCGAGGAGGCAUUUGCUACAUCGGCGGAACCGUCGAGCCAAGAGGUCGAGUGGCAGGGAGAUGAUUCUCCUAUUGCUUCACCCUCUCCUGUCAGGUCAACACAGUCUGUUGAGACUGGAGUUAGUCGCGCGGGGCGACUUAGCCUAGCGCCGGUGGAGUUUGAGAAAGAUAGACUCCCACUUAUCAUCGACAGUCAUCUCCACCUGGAUAGGAUAGAGAAACGCCUGGGGAAGCGUGGGGCCAGUGCCCUUAGAGCUUGUCCUGGGCGGUUACCCUUGAAGCCGGUGCGAGUGACUGGAGGGAUACUGAAUUAUUGUGACCCCCAACGGUGGGGAAAGAUCUGGUAUCCAGAGGAUCCCGGUUGGGGAGUUGCAGUCGGUAUCCAUCCCAAGAAGGCGGAUCAAGUGACGAUGGGGACUAUGAACAGAUUGCGGUCGUUAUUGGCCAGCCAGCGGAUUUGUGGUGUCUCUGAGCUGGGCCUGGACUUCUCCAUUCCGGACACGACAUGGCAGCAGCAGAUUAACAUGCUGAUCCAGAUUUUGGGGAUGCCCAUAGGCAAUAAGGUGUUGAUUUUACACCUCUGUGGGUCCUCUGGAGAUCCGUGUGCUACUGCCGUCAGUCGGGAUGUCCGCCGCUUGUUAGUCGAACAUUGUUCCCGCCAACAGAGGAUUCACCUCCAUUGCUGCACACUCGUUAAAGAGGAGCGCAGAGCGUGGUCGGAUGCAUUUCCCGAAGCGUACUUCGGCUUUACUGGGAAGGUGUGGGUGUUCACUGGUCCCCAGGAUGAGGCGCUGAGGGAUGUCCCUAUCCAAAGGCUGCUUCUGGAGACAGACGCUCCCUAUUUCAAGCCGGAGCGAUACAUGGCGGGAAACACGCCUAUGUAUCUAGGUGAGCUCGCCCAGGAGAUAGCUAUUAGACGAGGGGAGACUUUCGCGGAGGUGGUCUUUACGGCGAAUAAAAAUGCCAGGAGACUGUACGAUUUGCAGGAAUAG